UAGUUAGACUCGUGUAAUCGCGGGUCGCGACAACCGCAAGCAUCGAUCCAUCUGUUUACGGAGGUCGUCUGCUACGACUGCCCGACGUUCUUUGACGUGUCGCUUGACGUUUACGAAUUAUGCUGUGAGAAAAGCGCGCUUUUAUGUGACUCUUGCGGGUAAACGGAUCCGCGAUGCCAGGGACCGAAGAUAGCACGACAGAAUUAGGAGAAAUAGAAAAUGUCAGGGUGGUUGUGCGAGUUCGACCGUUAAGCAGCAAGGAGUUGGAUACCCAUUCGAGGAAUAUAAUAGAUGUGGAUGCCCUGAAUGGCGAGAUCACUAUAGAGAAUCCAAAUGCAGCGCAAGGAGAACCACCUAAAGUCUUUUCCUUCGAUGCAGUAUUCGACACAGAUUCAACCCAGGUGGACAUUUAUAAUGAGACUGCUAGGCCUAUAGUGGACAAGGUGCUGCAGGGCUACAAUGGAACGAUUUUUGCAUAUGGCCAGACUGGCACUGGCAAGACAUACACUAUGUCUGGUGCUAAGACCUCACCUCAAGCUAGAGGAAUUAUUCCAAAUACAUUUGCACACAUUUUUGGACACAUAGCUAAAGCUGAUGAAAACCAAAAAUUCCUCGUACGCGCGACAUACUUAGAGAUUUAUAAUGAAGAAGUCCGAGAUUUGCUUGGGAAGGAUCAAAAUACUCGAUUGGAAGUAAAAGAAAGGCCGGACAUUGGAGUAUUCGUAAAAGACUUGAGCGGAUAUGUGGUGAACAACGCCGACGAUUUGGACCGCAUAAUGUCGCUCGGCAAUAAAAAUCGUGUUGUUGGGGCUACUGCCAUGAAUGUAUCUAGCUCCAGAUCCCACGCGAUAUUUACAAUUACAGUCGAAUCUAGUCAGAUUGGUGAAGAUGGAGAGCAACAUGUAAAAAUGGGGAAGCUUCAUUUGGUGGAUUUAGCCGGAUCAGAAAGACAAAGCAAGACAAAGGCGACAGGUCAGCGACUUCGCGAAGCUACUAAAAUUAAUUUGUCAUUAUCUACAUUGGGGAAUGUAAUAUCCGCACUGGUUGAUGGACAAAGUUCUCACGUGCCUUACAGAAAUUCCAAGCUAACCAGGUUGCUUCAAGAUUCAUUGGGUGGAAAUUCGAAAACGUUGAUGUGUGCAAACAUCAGUCCAGCGGAUAUAAAUUAUGAUGAGACUAUAAGCACUUUACGUUAUGCGAAUCGCGCGAAGAAUAUCAAGAAUCGUGCGAGGAUUAAUGAGGAUCCAAAGGACGCUUUGCUUCGUCAGUUCCAAGUCGAGAUCGAACAGUUGCGUAAACAGUUGGAAGAGAACGGUGCGGAACUUUCGGAAUCCGAAGAAGAAUCCGAAAAUUCGGAGGAAUCGAAGGAAACAAAGCGAGAUAAGAAGGCUAGACGGAGUCAAAUAUUGUCGAUGGAAGAGUUGGAAAACAGAGACACAGAUUCGACAGAGAAAAUUGAUAAAGCUGAAAGAGAUGAUAAAAGUCCAGUGGAUAAAGAUGUCAUUGAAUUGAAAAAGACUCAGAGCGAAAAGGAAGCCUUGCGGCAGAAGAUGCAAAAUUUGCAGAAUAAAAUUUUAGUAGGUGGCGAAAAUCUGUUGGAGAAAGCAGAAGCUCAAGAACAAUUGUUAGCGGCUGCGGCGAUUGAACUUGAGCAACGAAAGAGCAGAGAAGAACAACUGAAGAAAGCUAUUAAGGCAAAAGAGGCGGAACGCAUCGACAUCGAAGAGAAGUAUUCGUCUCUGCAAGAGGAAGCGGCUGGAAAAACAAAAAAGUUGGCGCGUGUAUAUACGAUGUUGAUGUCUGUCAAGGCGGAGCUAUCCGAUUUGCAGCAGGAACAUCAAAGAGAAAUGGAAGGUUUAUUAGAAGGUGUACGGGGAAUCGGUAGAGAACUGCAACUACAGAAUCUUAUUGUGAAUCAUUACAUUCCCGUUCAAUAUCAGACGAUGAUCAAGAGAUAUGUUCAUUGGAAUGAGGAUAUCGGAGAAUGGCAAUUAAAAUGUGUAGCGUACACAGGAAACAACAUGCGUAAAGCGCAAACUAUAUCAUCGGCGGGAAAUAAUAAAGACGCAAUACCGCCAGAUAUGUCGAACAUAUAUCUCUCUUACAACACCGGAAUAGACAAUACAUUCGUGCAACCGAAGAAAGUGCGGAGCCGAUCUGGCGUUCCUCGACCAACUACGGCGCAUCGACGUACACCACAUUGAAGAAAUCAUGGAAUCAUAGAGGUUUAUUUUUUCUUAAAUCUUUUUCUUUUUUUGAUCAAUUUUUUGAGGAGAUUUACACAUCUAUAUUUGUUUGCAUCAUACUUCGCAAUAUUCUUCGAUGUUCAUAUGUGUGAUUAGAGAUAAUAUUUAUCUUAACGUUUUCGUCACGAUAUCAUUUUUAAAGCUUUAAGAUUU